UGUAUAAUAUUAUUGCAAAGUAAUUAGUUUCUCUACUGUGUAUCUUUAAAAAAAAUAAGUUUUUAAAACAAGUAGUUAUUAGUAUUCACUAAUAAGCUGUUAAAAGCGACACGAUUCAGCUUUGUGUGGUUGUUUAUUAACCCGACACUGGAUUUAUACACGUUUAGGCAUCAGAUCUGUAACCGACGGAGGAAAAAAAAAAUAAAUAAAUAGACUUAUUACUUCUCUGCUAUCAUUAUUUUUAUUUGCAUACUGAAUAAUCGCUCAUUUCACGGUGAGAAGCUGGCGUUUCGACAGGGUAUCGAGCCGUUGUUCUCUAGCGAACGACGCGAAAACACAACGUAAAGUCUGUGGUUCUUCACAUGUGCCUGCGGUAAAGACUAAAAGUACUUGAAAUGUGAACGAGGAGGUGAAUUUCCGGUUCUUCAUAUUGCAAUAUAAUAUAAUGUAAUACCUCUCUAUUCUUACAUUUUUAUAUAAAAGAGUAAAAUCUAACGAGAGAUGCGCAGUUUGCUAGAAAGAUUGCUAUUCGUAUAUAUUGAACUGAUUAUUCGUAUCGCCUGAAUUUGCGUUCUGCCACCUGUUUUUAUGUAUAAUGCAAUCGUAUCCCGGUGUUUUUAAAUGUUCCUGCUGAGUGUUUGUUCUCGUUUUGUAGGACUGUGAAUAAUUAUAGUGUGAUCUUUCUUUCAGUUGGAAUAUCUGUGUAGUGCUGCUUAACUAAAUAAACGGAGAAAACGAUCAGACUGCACGGCCCGCCUGUGUCUGUUUUGGUUCAAGCUGAAGCCUUUUUAUUGCUUUAUAUUUUUGCCAUCAUAUAUGGUCAUAAAUAGGGGUGGAAAACACGUCAGAGGCACAGCAUGUAUAUCAGGAGGAAGUGAGCGCGUGUGUAAUAAACCUCUGAUGAGUGUGUAACCGCUCACAUGGAGUGACACCAGCAACAUAUUCACAAACAAACUCAUACUGGUUGAAGGUCUGAAGAUCUUCAGAUGUUCAGUGCUCAAUAAACACAUGGCGAUGAAGAACUGGACGGCAGGAACUCAGUGCGUCGCCAAAAAGCAGCACUGCAAGCCUAAAGCCGGUGAAAUAGCGUAUCACAAAGGCGACAUCUUGACAGUCAUCGGACCUGGAACGAGGAAUGCAGAAUACAGAGCCCGACAUAACGCAACAGGAGAGGAAGGAUUGGUCUCGGGUUCGAAACUCCGAGAAAGGGAAGCCCUCCGUAUCGACCCCAAAUUAAGCCUGAUGCCAUGGUUUCACGGCAAAAUAUCGGGACAGCAAGCCGUCGGCAAACUUAAGCCCGUGGAGGACGGGCUUUUCUUGGUGCGGGAGUCGGUUCGGCAUCCCGGCGACUUCGUGCUAUGCCUCUGCUUCAGUCAGAAGGUCUUCCACUACCGAGUCAUCUUCAAAGACAACAAACUGAGCAUCGACAACAAGCAGUUCUUCUACAACCUCAUCGACAUGAUCGAGUUUUACAGCAGAAAUCAAGGCGCCCUCGCUACGCUUCUGCUGAAGCCCAAGAAGAAGGAAGGCACGAAAUCUGCCGAGACGAAGCUGUUGAAAUCCGGCUGGCUUUUGGAUCUGUCCAAACUUACGUUAGGAGAGACCAUUGGAGAGGGAGAGUUCGGUGCCGUGUUCGAGGGUGAAUACGCAGGUCAGCGGGUCGCUGUUAAGAACAUCAAAUGUGACGUAACCGCUCAGGCCUUCCUCGAAGAGACGUCGGUCAUGACAAAUCUCCAUCAUAAGAAUCUGGUGCGGUUAUUAGGAGUGAUUCUUCACAACGGACUUCACAUCGUCACAGAGCUCAUGACGAAGGGGAAUCUGGUGAAUUUUCUUCGCACACGAGGACGUUUUGCGAUCAGUGUGACGCAGCUGCUGCGCUUUUCACUAGAUGUUUGUGAAGGUAUGGAGCACCUGGAGUCAAAGAAACUCCUGCACCGAGAUCUCGCCGGACGCAACAUCCUCGUGUCUGAAGACACCGUCGCCAAAGUCAGCGAUUUCGGUCUGGCCAAGGUCAGUUCAACGGCAACCGACAACUCAAAGUUACCCGUCAAGUGGACGGCGCCCGAAGCCUUGAAGAACAAGAAGUUCUCCGCUCAGUCAGACGUUUGGAGCUAUGGAGUCCUGCUGUGGGAGAUCUUCUCAUACGGCAGACAGCCGUAUCCCAAAAUACCGGUGAGCGAGGUGUGGGAGCGCGUGGAUCAGGGUUACCGCAUGGAGCUGCCGGACGAAUGUCCUCCUGACGUCUACAGCAUCAUGACGUCCUGCUGGGAGACGGAGCCCAAGAGGAGACCGUCCUUCCACAAGCUCCGAGAGCGGCUGGAGAAAGAGCUCGGCAAACACUGACCUCACCGCACAUGUGUAUAAAGUAGAUUUAAUUUAUUAUUCAUCGCACUGUAUGAGUUUUUGUUGUGGUUUUAUGUUUUUGAGUGAAUCUCGAAAACACGCCGUUUCGCCUCAAGUCAAAUUAAACUUUCGCAUGAAAGUAAAGCCUGUAUUUAGAAUUUCAUUUUUUUUGCAUUGCAUUUUUAUAUUGUAUC